AUGGGAAAACCAGCUGGAACUAUGCGGCUUGAAGCUCAACACGAGAUGACUGCAUAUAUGGAUAUGAGCAUCGUCAUUUGCCCGAUUGUUUCACUUUUCACCGGUGGACAAGAUCAGAUGAGUCUCGAUUGGAAUCUCGUUGUAGUGCCCGGUUCAUUGGGACGUGGCUCUGCUUACAGUAAACGACCUUUUGUCGAAAGCGAAUCGUUCCGUUAUGCACAACAUACAGCUGGCCCUGGUCUGCUUAGGCUUCAACGAUAG